UGAAUUUUAAAAUGAAUGUAAUGAGUGUUUCAAUGUAUUCCAGAUUUACGGAAGGCAGCAUUGAUGGAUUCGGAUCCGUAAAAGAAACUUCUACUCAAAAUUUUCUGGAUAAUCACUACGAUAAUAGCACUCCUUACAGGAAGAAGACCUGUAAGGAACUUCUAGCAAAGCAUUGGCAAUGGGUAUUCUUUUCUGCUAUUUCAUCUAUCUGUUUUGCAGUGAGUAAUUAUCUAAUCGGAAAAUCAAGCCAUGAAGGAUUCUUUAUCAGACCUUUCAUAAUGGUAGGAAAUCUUAUAGUAGCUGUCAUAUUUAUCUUGUACUACUAUUGAGUAAAAAGUGGGUCCCUUCAAGGCCUUCUAUGAGACUUUCAACUAAUUCAUUUAGAAUUUUCUGGGGUUAACUAUCAUAUGUUACUGGAUAUCAGCAUCGAUGCAAUUCUCUUGAUUGGAGGAGAGUAUUUGUUGAUCUUCACUUUUCACCAAAGUUUAAGAGCUACAAUUAAUCAAGGAGUUAUCUCAUCUCUUUUUGUACUUUCUUCAGUCAUCACUGCUAUAAUCUCCUGGGUAAUGGUUAAGAUCAGAACAAGAGUCAACCCUAUUCACAGUAACUAUUUCAACUUUCUUCAAAGAGAAAGAUGUAACAGAUAUCACGCGAUCUGUGCUAUUCUGGUUGGCUGCUCUUUUUUCAUUCUCACAGAGAUUCCAGCAAUGUACUAUCAAAGCGACCUGAUACAUACAAUUUUUAUCUUAACUAUCCUCACAAGCUUGUACUUUUCAGCAAAAGACAUGUUGUUUAAGGCAAGAAUAAUCAAGUAUUUCUUGAGCCCACAUAAACUUUAUUCCCUGAUUAUCUGACUUGGAGGCAUAUUCAUGCUCAUUACAUCAGCUGUUCUAGUGUCUAUUUAUGGGUUUUCACAGAUAGUCUGGGACUCUUUUAUUGCUGGGAUCCUUCAAUCUUGUGCAAUAUUUAGCAUGAUAUUCUCCUUAAUGAGAGAAACAAAAGGAUGGACUCCUCUGAUAAUCAGCUAUUGAUUCAUUAUUCAUGCUUUGCUUGCUAUGUGGUUCCUUGAGCAGUGGCUAGACUGGAUUCAAAUAAUUGUACUAGUCCUGACUUCUAUAUGUGUCUGCAUCACAUGAGUAGGAUAACACCUUUUCAGAGAUAGAUAAUCAAAUUUCAAUUUUAUUA